AUGAAGAACCCUUUGCUCUCGGCGCACUUGUUUCAGGCCAACCAAACGAAUCUUCCUUCAUUUCUUCGAACUGUGAAUUCCUUUGUUCAUGUGAUUCUGUGCUUGCCUACGGAUCACAUCAAGGAGAACAGUUUGCGUGAUGAUCUCAGUCCGGUCAUCGAACGGAGCCCGACUGAAACAAACUAUCCACUGCAGAUUACACGUAUUGGUUGCCAGGACGGUAUUAUUCCGCAACGUGUUAUUUCGUCCCGACCCAAUAUCAGUCUGAUUGUUCACGUUCAUCAAGGUGAAAGUAACGCUCCAGGUCGCAGGAGUUCACUCAAUGCCACAGUUGUUGCUCCUAACCAGAACCAAUCAGUGCUUCGUUUGAAUAUCACUACCUACGAUCGUUUGUAUUACUGGAUGCUCUCCAUUCAACCGAUCUAUGCCCGGUGGACACGAACGGACAAAGUUUCCGAUCAGUUGGCUUCAAUGAUACCUCCACGUCCUCCUAACGCGACCGUGGCGAAUCUUCUGAAACAAUUGUCUGUCUCUCAGACACACACAGAUCGAAAUCAUGUGACCACAGUCAUGAUUUAUGUAUUGCUCGCCUUUUUCACCCUGUUCGUGCUGACCGGUAUCUUGGGCUUGGUCGGUUAUCUUGUUCAACGACUUCGUCACGUGCAUAUCAAACGACGUUGCUCGAGGCAUCUAGUACUAGCUACACGUAAAGCCAUGAAGAAGCUCCCGUUACGAACUCUUCGACCGUCCGAUAUUGAAGUCAGCAGUGGCUAUGAUCAGAGCGCCGUGUGUAUUGAACUGUACAAGGCAUCCGAUGUUAUUCGUAUCCUUCCGUGCCGGUACGUUCAUCUAAUAUGUUUCACUGUUCCGUUUAUCUUUUUUAGUGAUUCAUUUUACGAGAUAAUAAACGUGUUUUUUAUUCCCAUAUUGGCAUGCAGAAAAAACGCGAUGGUUUUAGCGAACAAGCUCGUUUUUGACAACUUCGGGCUAAUACAGGUAUAUAGUUUUGGCCUUGGCCAUAACGUGACACACCCCCGAGAUAAACUUGACCUUUCCCAUGACCCCGCGACCCUAAAGCGUGAUGACACGUCCACAUCCUAA